AUGUCCGUACGUGGGAUCCGGGCCACGACUUGGAAGCAGUUGCGGAGGUCGAUGCCCCAGAAGCCGUCCCGUUUUAUGGAGCUGUGGGCCGGGGCCAGCCCAGCUCCCCUGCUGCCUCCUGGCGAUGCUGCUGGUCCCGGUGUGGAGAGACCCUUGGCAGCCCCGCGGGGCCCGAGCGCCGAGGCGGCAGCGGCGGCGGCCCCCCUGUGCGCCCCGGCUGACUACUAUGGCCGUGUGAACCAGAAAGUGGGGCUCUUCGAGGCACACAUCCAGGCGCACAGCUCUGCUGCCCAGCCGCCGCGGAGCCCCCGGCCAUCCCGGCCCCGGUCCAGCAGCCCCACGGCACCAAUGAUGGGACCUGGAAGCGGACCCCGGCCGCGAGCCUACGGGGAGAGUGAGGCCCCCGAUGUUGGUGGGGUGCAGGUCUGGCCGAGCACUGCAGAGCCCUCAGCGAUGCCGGUGGUGACGGUGGUCCCAGCUAUGGGGCUGGCAGAGGGCAGCAGCCCCCUGGAGCUAUCAGGACCUGCACCAUGGCGAGGAGAGGUGGUGGUGGCCCCCACAGGACUUGAGAGCCAGUGCCCAGCUAUCGGUGGGAGCAUCCCUGCUGUCAUCGUCACGGACCUGGGGGGCCCGGAGGAGGAGGCGGGCUCCGUGCCCCCCGGCAGCCUGCCCGUCCGGAAGCUGUCGUCGUCUUCAGCCUCUUCCACUGGCUUCUCUUCAUCCUGGGAGGAGUCCGAGGAGGACAUCUCCAGUGACCCUGAGCGCACCCUUGACCAGACACCGGCCUUCCUGCAGACUCUGGACCAGCAGAAGCCCCGAGUGAGCAAAUCAUGGCGGAAGAUCAAGAAUAUGGUGCACUGGUCCCCAUUUGUGAUGUCUUUCAAGAAGAAGUACCCUUGGAUCCAGCUAGCGGGACACGCAGGUAGUUUCAAGGCAGCGGCCAAUGGCAGGAUACUGAAGAAGCACUGUGAAUCAGAGCAGCGCUGCCUCGAUCGCCUGAUGAACGAUGUCCUGAAGCCCUAUGUUCCUGCCUACCAUGGCGACGUUGUGAAGGAUGGGGAGCGAUACAACCAGAUGGAAGAUCUGCUGGCUGAAUUUGACUCCCCCUGCGUUAUGGACUGCAAAAUGGGGGUCAGGACAUACUUGGAGGAGGAGCUGAUAAAGGCCCGGAAGAAGCCGAGCCUGAGGAAGGACAUGUACCAGAAGAUGAUUGAGGUGGACCCUGAUGCCCCCACUGAGGAGGAGAAUGUGCUGCGGGCAGUAACCAAGCCUCGCUACAUGCAGUGGAGGGAGACCAUCAGCUCAACCGCUACGCUGGGCUUCAGGAUCGAGGGGAUAAAGAAAGAGGAUGGCACUGUGAACCGGGACUUCAAGAAAACGCGGACAAAGGAACAAGUCACGGAGGCUUUCAGGGAGUUCACCAGAGGAAACCGCAAUGUUUUGAACAGUUACCUUAACCGGUUGAAGGGUAUCCGCGCUACCCUGGAGACAUCCCCGUUCUUCAAGUGCCAUGAGGUAAUCGGGAGCUCCCUCCUCUUCAUUCAUGACAAGAAGGACCAGGCCAAAGUCUGGAUGAUUGACUUUGGGAAAACCACCCCGCUGCCGGAGGGACAAGUUCUCCAGCACAAUGUGCCCUGGGUGGAAGGGAACAGAGAGGACGGCUACCUCUGGGGGCUGGACAACCUCAUUCAGAUCCUGACAGAGUUGUCCCAGAGCGAAGACUUGCAUUAAAGCCGUGCGUCCGACUCUGCCACUACCCCCAACCUGCCCCCGACUGACUCUUCUGAACUGCACUACAAGACACUUUCCAGCCCUCGCCCUUCCCAUUUGAAAGCUCUACUCUCCCUAUUUAAUGUGUUUUUGUUGUGGUUUUUUAGGUUGUCUUGGGUUGGGUUUUUUUUUUUUCCUCUCCAUGUAAAUAGAGAGCUAACCUGCCAGAACAAAAGCUGAACUUGAAACCUUGGCUUCGCUGAGUUGGUGGGAGCACACGGCUGUGUUGGCUGGGAGCAGCCUGGAGGGGUUGCUUAGGUAAGCGCGUGCUUUGCCUAUCGCGCUUUUUGUCUCUUGUGCAGCCUAAUUUUUAGGAGAGCCUUUAAGAGGGCUGGCAGAGGAAAGAACCCCUCCCUCUGCUGGGGUCAGCAGCUUCAUCCUGAAAACACUCAGUGGCCGUGCCCAGGACCCUCUGGCAGCCAGAGUGCAUGAGCAAAGCUUGGAGACAGCGAAGGAUACUGGGGUGGGAGCCCUUUACUUGUCUUUGCCAGCACCUUUCAGCCAAGGGACCUGGCUGGGCUGAGUCCUGAAGAGAUGCUAGAAGGGCAGAUUUGGGUUUUUCUUUUGUGUUGAAGACAUCCUGUAGAGGUUGCUCAGUCAUUUUCAGGUGGCUCUGGAGGGUUUCCCUCCUGCUGCAGGGCCAUGUGGUCGGGCACCAGUAUUUACCAUGGCCAGGCGCUUCCCACCCAUGUGCCCUGUGCUUGGUAUGCUGGUGUGGUGGGUAACACUUUGAGCUCCUCUCCAGAGACCCAGCUCCCCUGCUGGGAGCUGCUUCCAGCCCUCCUUCACUGGGGUCUCCAACCCUCCAUGGGGAAUAAAGACUUUGGGCAGGGCUGAAGGAGAGAAAAAUAGCUUAUAAGGGACUACUAUGAGACUUAAAGUAGCCAUCCAGGUUGAUCGGUCUUUUUUGGCAGCAGCUGAGCAUGCGUGUAGGGGUAGUGCUGCCGAGAGCGCCUGGCCCAGGGUGACCCUCCUGCCUCCAGCACCUCUGUAAUUUUUGUCAGCGGUUGGCGAAGGGUUACAGCAGCAAAGCAGCUCUUGAGGUGGCCAGGGUAGUUGUCUUUCGUGAAGCAGAGUUGGGGUCAGGCAUGCCUGUGCCUUCCCUUUUUUUCCGCAGAGCUGGCUGACUCCGGCGCUGCCCUUCAGCGUUGGCUUCCCAGUCUGCUCGAGCUGUGCGUACGGCGUCUCCGCUCCUGCGAAAACACCCAGUUCCCUAUUUGGGGCGGAGGCUAUUUUUUAACUUCCUGGAACAUUUGAACCAAGCGGCUUUGGCUCACUAAAGGUCAGCGAUCGAGAGGACGGCGGGGAGGAGAGGCUGCAGGGCAAGCUGGGGAGUCCCUCGCGUUGAGGACAGAAGGAGCGUGCAGCACUGGAGGUGGUGCAGGAGCUCCACAGCUGCAAAUCCCUCGCCUGCUCCAUCCCCAAACCCACCGUCUCAUCUCGCUCCUGGAAGUGGUGCUCCAGAGCCCUUCUGCCAGCGGUCGGUGGGUCCAGCAUCCUCAGUGGGGGAGGUCUUCUCCUGGCAGCAAUAAGGAGGAGGAGUUGGCCAUUGAGCCGUCUGCAGCCAUGUCCCAGCCUCCUUCCCGAGGAUUGAAGUCUCCUAAGGUUUUUCUCAGCUCAUAUCUCACCAGACAGAUGUCUUUAGCUCAUCUGAUGCCAUUGUAAAUGGUUGCACUGUUUUAGCUCUUUGCCAGGCUUUCUAGAAUAGCCCAUGUGGAAGUGCCUUAUAGACUUGCCUCUGUUCCAUUAGUGUCAUGGAAAAGGUUGGGGUUUUUUUAAGUUAUAUUUAUUUUCAUCCCAUUUUAAUUGCACAAAACACUAAAACUUAA